CCAUUUCUCCAACUUCUCUAGCCGACGAGGCCGACACUCUUGCACGAUGGGCAUUCUGCGGGAAUCAAUUCCCCGUGAGACGAUUCCAGCCUUCAAGAUGUGAAUCAACAGCUUUGGCAGGGUAGCCUGGCCUUCAACACCACAUCCCCUAGCUUUAUAACUCAAGCGUCAUCAACCCAAGCAUCUCGGAACACGGAGGAACCUCGACAGGACUUUUGUCUCAUAACAGCAUGACAUCUAGACCGAUUCGUAUAGCAGGCGCUUCUGGGUCUGUAUCCGACCGCCGUCAUGCAAUCGCCUCAUUUGCAAAGGCGUAUCCCACGGAUCCUGUCGACGUGAUCAUCUGUGACUUCAUGAGCGAGGUCAAUAUGACGGUCGCCGCUGGUAGAAAAUGGGAGAAGCAAUCAACAAGUGCUUCUGAUCCAGAUCCAGUCCUGGCUGCUGGGCCAGCCUUUGAAGCGUCCUUCCUCGAGGCACUCGAACCAGCGCUGGAAGAUCUAGCCAAGUAUAAGAUCAAAGUAGCCGCGAAUGCUGGAAACGCCGAUACCGAGACACUGUACAGGAUCGUCUGCGAAAUGGUCAAGAAGAAAGGCCUUGAUAUCCCGGUGGCAUGGAUAUCUGGUGACGAAGUCCUCCCUGCUGUCAACGCCGCACUGCAGGAUGGCUCAUCAAAGUUCAAGAACAUAUACACUGGCGCGACCUUGUCGUCUUGGGAUUUCAAGCCGAUCUACGCGCAUGCCUACCUCGGCGGCUUGGGCAUCGCUGAGGCCUUCGCUCAGGGCGCUCAGAUCGUCGUGUGCGGUCGUGUCGCCGACGCAUCGCCAGUGAUUGGAGCAGCGUGCUGGUUUCACGAGUGGCAGCGGUCACAACUGAACGAGUUGGCCAAUGCAUUUGUUGCAGGCCAUCUGAUCGAGUGCUCGAACUACGUGACCGGCGGCAACUUUAGCGGCUUCCAAACUCUCGAGCACAGCCCAGCGGGAUGGGUCGACAUAGGCUAUCCGAUCGCCGAGAUCUCGCGAGACGGUGCCGUCGUCAUCACAAAGCAGAAAAACACUGGUGGAGCCGUAACGAUACAUACGUGCUCGUCCCAGCUGCUCUAUGAAAUCCAAGGACCGUGGUAUUUCAACUCCGACGUUACGGCAGUUCUAGACCAGAUCUGGUUCGAACAGCUGGGUCUUGACCGCGUUGCUGUGCACGGGGUCCAGGCAUUGCCACCACCUCCCACGACAAAGGUCGGUCUGACAGCGCGCGGUGGCUUCCAAGCUGAAGCGUUCUACUUCAUGACCGGCCUGGACGUAGACGCGAAGGCGCGCAUGACGGAAGCCCAGAUCCGCAAUGGCCUGAAGCCAUACUCGGACAAGUACUCGCUCUUGUCGUUCAGCGUGCUGGGACGGCCGGCGCCGGAUGCGGAUAAUCAGAACGCGGCGACCGCGGUGUUCAGGAUCUUCGCGCAGGCCAGGAAAUCAGAGGACAUUGCGCCGUCGAAGUUCCUGCGUCCGGUGAUUGACAACAUCAUGCAAGGGUACCCCGGAUCGACGUUCCAUUUAGACAUCCGAAUGGGCAUACCAAAGCCCUACUAUGAGUACUAUGUCACAUUGCUGGAUCAGGCCAAGGUGGCGCAUAAUGUGCAUUUCAACGGGAAAGACACACUUAUCCCGCCGCCGAGCGUGACAAACGUGUUCCCCGAGAGACAGCCCAGUCAGCCUGUGACGAGUUUGCAGGUUGACAUGACCAAGUUUGGGCCGACGGAGCGACUUCCGCUGGGCACGAUUGUCAAUGCGCGCUCGGGAGACAAAGGCUCGGAUUGCAAUUGUGGUUUCUGGGUGAAGAGUCAGGACGAGUUUGUGUGGUUGAAGAAUUUGCUGUCGAACGAGAUGAUCAAGGUGUUGCUAGGCAAGGAGUAUGACACCUCGAGAGUUCCGCGCAUCGAGAUUGAGAGGUUCGAACUGCCGAAUCUCAGGGCCGUGCACUUUUUGUUCCGAAAUUUACUGGAUCGAGGCGCGACGAGCACGGCAACUGUGGACUUUCUGGGGAAGAAUACGGCCGAGUAUUUGAGGGCGAGAUAUGUUGAUAUCCCAACGAGAUUUCUGGCGAGAGGGAAAUUGUAGCGGAGAGGAGAUGGGACAGACAAAGGCAAACGUGCAACUCAGAAGUUCAAAGAAGUCCCGUCGCCUUUGCUGUUCAACUACAUCAGGAUGCGCAGUCGGCUCAAGGGUCUGACGGAUUCUCAGUGGUAGGUCGGGGAAGCCUAUUGGCGUCCUGCUUCCUUCCCUCCACCGGGCAAGUCAUACUGAGAGCGUUUGAAUGUGUGCUCGCAUGAGGGUCUGUGUGUUGAAGCUUCUUGACGCGAGGCAAGGCUGGAAUAUCAGGUCGUGAAACUGUUGUCUUGGGUCUGUCAAAGGAAAAACACAUUGACAGUACUUCUCCCUUUUUGUUCAAAAUGCUUCUCUACGUGGUCUUCAGCAAUGGA